CAGUGAAUGGAACAAGGGGGGAGUUAAUUUAGCUGGAAAACAAGCAUCGAAUUGCAUGAAGAAAUGCGGUGGAGAAAAGCCCACUUUGUUUUAAGGACUUUGCUGUUUUGUUGUUGUUGUUGUGUCUUUUGAAAUGACUUCAAUAUAGAAAGCAGAAGAGUAAACAUGCAGAGCUGUGUAAAGUAUAAAGCAUGCAGACAGACAGUAGAGAUUAACCUGAAAACGCGGACUGGCUAGAGUGAAAUGACGACGAGCAGUGUUGCGCUUUGAGAUUGAUGUGGAGUGAAGCGAAACUACGGACAAGAAGAUAGUUACAACAACAUGAUGAUGAUGCCCAGCAAUGCCCUGUGUUCAAACUCAGUAUGGAACUGUGCCCUACGACAACAACUACUUUAUCUCUGAGUUCCUGAACCCUGACCUCAGUGCUAAGCCAGCCAUGGACGUCGGUGCCCAGCGGGACCAGCUCACCGCCUCCUCCCUCCCCAGCAUCAACACCCUGGUGGGCAGCGGCUACGUGGGCGAGUUUGAUGCCUACUCCUGCCAGAUCACUACCUCUGCCUCCAAUGCCUCCUCCGGCCCCGCGGCCGGCGGCAGCUCCAGCCCUCAGGCUCAGCACUCAGCCUUCAAACUGGACGACCUCCAGGUGUACGGCUGCUACCCGGGCUCCUUUGCCCUCAGCUACCUCGACGAGACGCUGUCCUCCUGCGGCUCCGAUUACUAUGGCAGCCCUGCAUCGGCCACCGCCUCCCCACCCACCCCGGGCUUCCAGAGCCAGCCUGGCUCGGCCUGGGACUCCCCCUUCAGCCCCUACUCCCCAGGCCCUGGGUUCUGGGUGGCUGAUAAGUCAGGCCUAGCUCAGCAGCCCUCCUUCUUCACCUUCACCCCCCCGGUGGAGCAGCACUCCCCCCUGGGGCAGCAUCAGGGCCCCCAGCAAGGUGAGGAGGACCCUUUCUUCCAGCCCUCACAGCAGCACCCCUCCCCUCUCCAUUACACACCCUUAUCCCUGGACCAGGUGUCCCUGGACAGCCCCGGGUUCACGGAGGGGCCUAUGUUGUCCCCUAAGAUCGGCAGCCCCGGGGCCAACGAGGGUCGCUGUGCGGUGUGUGGGGACAACGCCUCCUGUCAGCACUACGGAGUCCGCACCUGUGAGGGCUGCAAGGGCUUCUUUAAGCGAACUGUACAGAAGAAUGCUAAAUACGUGUGCCUAGCCAACAAAGACUGUCCAGUAGACAAGCGGCGGAGGAACCGGUGCCAAUUCUGCCGUUUCCAGAAGUGCCUUGUGGUGGGAAUGGUGAAAGAAGUCGUCCGCACAGACAGCCUGAAAGGUCGCAGGGGUCGUCUGCCCUCUAAACCCAAGACUGUACCAGAGUCAGCGUCCACCACCCCACCCAUCAACAUCAUCACCUCUCUUGUCAGGGCUCACAUAGACUCCAACCCCGCCAUCGGAAAACUGGACUACUCCAAGUACCAUGAGACAGUGGCCAGCCUAUCAGAGAAAGAGGAUGCCAACGACAUCCAGCAGUUCUACGACCUGCUGACUGGCACCAUGGAUGUGCUGCGGAAAUGGGCCGAGACCAUCCCAGGAUUCACCGCCUUCUGCCCAGAAGACCAGGAGCUGCUCCUGGAAUCUGCUUUCGUGGAACUCUUCAUCCUCCGGCUAGCAUACAGGUCGAGUCCUGAGAAGAACAAGCUGAUCUUCUGCAAUGGUGUGGUACUUCACCGUAUGCAGUGUGUGAGGGGCUUUGGCGACUGGAUCGACUCCAUCAUGGACUUCUCCCAGAGCCUCCACCGCAUGAACCUGGACGUGUCCUCAUUCGCCUGCCUCGCAGCACUCGUCAUCAUCACAGAUCGCCAUGGCCUUAAAGAGCCCAAACGGGUGGAGGAGUUCCAGAACCGCCUCAUAACCUGUCUGAGGGACCACGUGACUGGCAGUGGCUCCGACGCGGGGCGGCCCCAGCCCAACUUCCUGUCCCGUCUGCUAGGGAAGCUCCCCGAACUGCGCACCCUCUGCACCCAGGGCCUGCAGCGCAUCUUCUACCUGAAGCUGGAGGACCUGGUCCCCCCACCACCCAUCGUAGAUAAAAUCUUCAUGGAUACCUUACCUUUCUGAAAAGACAGACAAAAAGAGGAAGAGGAAUGAUUAAGUGAUGAUGCUGAGGGGACAAAAAUAUGAUAAACUGAGGAGGUGAAUAGGGGGCCGUUGUCUGUGUCCAUUACAUUUGGGACUUCUGAGGGUCAGUGCCCCUUUCCAGUGCACUGACUUGAUGAAAAGUGUCGGAUUCUGCCUCUGGUCCAGUGUCUAAAAGUGAGGACUUAGACUGUAUUUUUCUCACAUUUAGUUUAAUAACAAAAACCUGUGGGUGACAGAAUUGGAUGUUUAUUUUCCAAUCUGUGGAAUUAUUCUGGACAAUUCAUUCAACAAGAGAGAGGAAGACAUGAGAUAACAUUUCUAGUUUUUGGUCUCUUUUGUAAGUGUGACUUUGUAGAGUGGCUUUAUCGCUAUGCAAAAUGUGUACGUUUUGUGGUUUUGCACGCUGCAAGAUAUUGAGAAACAGUUGGUGUGUAUGUACAGCUCUGAGGGGGAAAAGCAGGCAUGUUCACACCUGAACACCCACUUAAACCUAAGUUCUCAAAAAUCCUAUUGAGUUUCCAAAUCCCAACACAACUUAAUUUAGUAGCUGUUCAAAGUUGACACAUAGGGAGGCCAACAGUGUCAAACACUGGAGUCUCCAGUCCACUAGCCUUUCUCAAAGACAACUGUUGCAUCCUACAUUUCAAAGUGAGUAUUUUCACUGAAACCAUGAUAAUAAUAAUAGCCAUUUGUAGUCCUGAUACCACACAUUUGCACCUAUAGAAGGUCGGACCAAAGGGUAGCUGUCUAUCUGUCUGCAGUGACAGUUGGCUAUUGUUGUGACAUUUACAGCUCAUCAACCAUAAAGCCUUAAUGUACUUUAAAGGCCCAGUGCAGUCAAAAACGUGAUUUCCCUGUGUUUAUAUUUUCACACUAUGAGGAUGGAAUAAUACUGUGAAAUUGUUAAAAUUAUGAUAAUGCCCUUUUAGUGUAAGAGCUGCCUGAAAUUUCAGCUUGUUUUGGUGGGAUGGAGUUUUGGCCUGCCUGGUGACAUCACCAGGGGGUAAAUUAGUUAAUAGACCAAUAAGAAAGAGAGUUCUAAACCUUUCUGCCAAUAACAGCUAGUUUUCAGUUUCCCCCUCCCCACCCAAAAUUCUUGCUUGAGAAAUUGCUUUUUGCAAAGAAGCCAUUUUUUAAAUGUUUUAUUACCAUUGUAAUUGAAAAAAAUCACAGUAAGGUACUUACUUCAUUAUUUUGAUUGAGAAAAAAAUGGCUGCAUUGGACCUUUAAAAGGUGUCAUCAUUUUUACUCAUGCCACAAUGCAACAAGUAUUGCGGUUUUGUAAUGGCAGGAGAAUCAUAUCACUGAAACUAUUUUUUUUCCCUUAAAAAGAGAAAAAUGCCAGCAGAAUUACAAUGUUUAAAAAGUGCCUUUAAAAAAGUUGAAGACCUCCUGUGUAUUCAGGUUUUCAUUUCAACCAUCUCACUGAUAGAAACUCUGUAAAUCUAUUAAUUUGAUGUCAGCAACAACCAGAUGACAAAACAUUCAAACAGACUUGGUGAAGUUUGAUUGGCUGAAAUGAAAAUGUGCAUACCAAGAGUUACUUGAAAACGGAGGUUAGGAAUCUCAUGGUUUGGAAUAGCCUAAGAAUAGUCUAGGGAUAAAAAUCAUAGAAUACAUUUCAUUUUUUGAAUGUGAGAGAGUAUUAAGUUUCACACUAUAGCUGUAACAUGGAUCCACUCAAAAGUGUCCCUUAAUGCUCUAUAGCUUACUAUCUUUAUCCUUAACUGUGUGAAUCUAUAAACUUCUGCUACUGUAAGGGUUGCCUUACACACGCUCCUUCAGGAGGAGUGUGUGCAGUUUUAUAAAAUGUAGUUAUUUUUAUUUUGUUCUUGAAAUGAACUUCAAGUGAUUUCUUAAGUCAUUACACAGUGAAAUGUGACAAAAGGACGAGCAGCUAAGAGCACUUCAGCGUUCUAACACAGUAUACAGAUUUAUACAAAAAUGUUCUAUGUUUGUUUGUGACGUGUGUAUACUUAUAACAUAAAUACUUUAUAUUUGUGAGUUUUCGUAAUGUGGUACAUACGUAUAUAUAUUCAGAGGAAGAAAAAGUAUUUAAUAUUAAAAGAACAUUUCAAAAUACAA